AUUGUUCUCAGUGAUAUUAUUUGUACACACAAUCAUCUUAAAUUAAUUAAAUUAUUAAAUUACAAAUAGUCAUCUUUUUUUACUGUCGAGGCAUUCAUUAAAUAGUACAAAGUCGUUCAGUAAUGGAAGCAUUAUGAGAUUUCGGUAUAUACAUAUUUUUCAAAAUUUAAGCAAGAUCUGCAGUUUUGUUAAUAUUAAGACUUUGUAUAAUAGAGAUCUUACUGAAAUUUAUCACAUUUGUUAAAGUAUAAAAACAAAUGGCUUUCUCUCUUUAAAAAGAAAAACAAAUUCCAUCAUUUUGAAUGCUAGCAAAUACACGUCAGUCUAAUAAUCUUUUGUCUUUAUUACUAACAGAUAAUUUAGUUAAUUAUUAUCUCAAAAUCAUUAUUUAUAUUUUGCAGUAAGGAUAAAAAUGACGCGAUGAGACGAGCUUCUCAUAACAUGGGAAUCAGCAUUCGCUUGCCGCAUACCUUGUACAGGAUGUGUGAAAACGUGACGUGACGAGCAUCGAAGUCUCUUCUCCGGGGAAACUUAAAGAACGAUGACGCAGUCAUCUCUGCGCAGGACCGUCUCAUCAUACCAGUCGCGACGCUUCUAUUAUAUUGCCGCACAUUCGCUUUGGCGAUGGCAACAAUAUAAUUACUCAUUGUUCGACAAUGUAUGUUUGCUGCGCGAGGAUGCUGCCUUUGCCGGAUUGCCUCGCGGCGUCGGGAUUCGCCUCGGCGAUUCCCUUUCACGCACACACAUUUUGCUGGGGGUAUCCUUAUAUAUAUAUAUGUAUGAGCCUUCGAUCUUUUAGGAUGCUCUUGGCAACCGGUGCUGCAGUGUACAUGAGGCAACCGGUAAAGCAACAUCUAUGAACCAGCAUCCACCGAGAUGACUGAAAUCCGGCCUGGCUGUUUAAAGUGUUCUCUAACGGUAGCCCUUGUCGUGUGCACGUUUUUCGUCGGAUCAGGUGCACGCGCAAAUGGAGGCAGUAGCGGCGCCUUCGCAUCAGCCAGCGCUUACGCUGGAGCUGGUGCAUCCGCAUUAAGUAGCGCCAGUGCAUUUGGAGGAGCGGGAGACUUUCCCGGAGCCUAUGACGGACAUAAAGGGAUUCGCAGCUAUGACAGCAUCAGUUUCUCCCAUGACAAUGACGCCAAUCGCGGUACGAAAUCCUACGGCGUCGUUCCAGGACAUGGCGCCGACGGUGACGGAAUAAAAAGCUCAGAUCAUGGCUAUAAUAAGAAUGAUUGUUCUAAAUGCAAAUGGGAAAAUGACGAUUAUUGGGAACACGACGAACCGGAGGAGGAGGGGGACGAGAAUGACGGGGAUGAAUGCGACGAUGGUCAAUACAGGCCGGACGGGACGCGUCAUCGUGGCGCGGGCGGACCCGAUAGAGGACAUAAAUCGGGAUCGCGUCCAUCCGGUGUACACAAGACCGGACCCAUAGAUGCGUAUGUUGAUGACGGACCUAAAGAUGGUAGACCCGCUGGUUCUAUUGGCGGUGUUAACUAUCCAGUGCCGACUACCGGAUACGCAGCCCCAACUGGUGGCUUUGCUACUGGAAAUACGCCGAAACCUGGAUCAGGCUGGAACACUCCGUUCGCUUAUACGACAUUAAAGCCCGGAUAUGCUGGCGCAACCGCAGGUGCCUACGGCACAACAUCAGGUUCUUGGCCAAAUUGGAACAGAGGAACAACGCCAGGUGGUUUUGCUUCCUCGUCGAAGCCUACUUGGGACAGCUCUGGACCCGCCGGAAAUUUCGUAACAACGCCGAAACCUAGAAAUUGGGAUAUCGGAUCUGGUGCUCCAACUGGCGGACAACCGUUUUCACAAAAACCUUGGAAUACCGGAUUUGAUAAUGCUCCUACUGCGAGCACAUCGAGACCCGGACAAGGAUGGAAUACUGGAUUUGAUAAUACUCCAACGACAGACUUUUCGCAGAAACCGGCACCAGGUUGGAGCACCGGCCGUGGACCUACCGGAAACUUCGGCGUCACGCCGAAAUCUGAACCGAACGGGAAUUCUGGAUUCGACAGUAGUUCAGCCGGAGGGCUUCCGUUUUCGCGAAAACCUGGGGGGACUCCUUGGAAUACUGGAUACGACGGCACAAGCUUUGGCACAACGCCGAAACCUGGACAAAGCUGGAAUGCUCCAUCCGGCGGUAAACCUGAACCGAGUUCGAAUCUGAAUUAUGGUACCAAGUCCAUCGGUACAACUGGUUGUCCUCGACCUGAUUCAAGUUGCACUCAAGGAAUACAAGGUCCUGUCAAAUUGGGCGCAACUCCUAUCGAUAUUGACAGAACGAAAAGUGGUGAAUCUCCAAGUGGUAUUUCUUCUGCGGUUUCACAAACAGGAAGUGGUAUAUCUUCUCCAAAUAGUUAUGGAAACCCAAAGGAAAAUCAGAAUUGGCCUUAUGGUCAACCUGGAACAGCACAAAGUACUAAUGCUUAUGCUGGAGCAAGCGUAACAUCCGGCAUUGGGAGCACUCCUCACGGAGAAGUACCUAAUUUUGGGAAAAAAGAUCAUCCAUUUUUUAACAAACCAGCAGGCACUCAAACGCCGUAUAGUGGAAUAGAUCAAGCACAUCCUAACACUAGCGGUGGCACUUAUAGUCCAGGAAGUGUUUCUGAUUAUAACAAACCUGGACGCGAAAAUACGUGGCCGUCGAAUGUAGCAAAUACUUUCGGAACUACAAAAAGACCGUUUGGAGGAAAUACAUUCAGUUCUAGAAAAUUACCGGGAUCUCCGAUUGGAAGCGGCGUUUAUGAUUAUCCGGGUGUCACUAAACCGAGUUACGGAAGCGGAAUCACUAGCUCCUCGUUAAAUACCGGUCAGCCUGCAAGCGGAAGUAGUACCUGGCAUAGUCCGGGAACCACAGCUUCUCAUGGAUUUCCUGGCUCUACUACUGGAUUUGACACUACCAAAUCUCCGUUUGGUCACACAAACAUUCCAGGUCCCGCAUCACUCGGCAGUUCAUACAGCGGAACAGGUCUAAAGCAACCCGGUUUUAAUGGAGCAAGUAGUAGCGCAAGUGCGACCGCUGGCGCAGGCGCAUUCGGGACAUUUCCCAGCACUCCUUAUAUAACUGAAACAACGCCAAGAUAUGAAGGAGCUUUGGGUUAUCCUGGAGUCAAGAGCUCCCCUGGAAAUACCGGAUCUACUUAUGGAAUUGCUCCUCAUGGCACACAUUCUUAUGCCGGAACUGGUGCUUGGUCUGGCAAGCAACCUGGAAGUGGAAGUCAAACUUGGCCUGGUGAACAACCUGGAAGUGGUGCUACUUCUGGCGUGCAUCUUGGAACUGUAACUGAUACCUGGCCCGGAAAACAGCCUGGAGGAGGUAGCGGACCUUGGCCUAGCAAAAAACCUGGAGAUGGAAGUAGUACUUGGCCUGGAGGACAGCCCGAAAGCGUUAGUGCAACUUGGCCUACCAGGCAACCAGGUAGCGGAACCGGAAGUUGGCCUAGUGGAAGACCUGGAGACGGAAGUGGAGUUACGCCUGGCAGACACCCUGGAACCAGUGAUACCUGGCCCGGAAAACAGCCUGGAAGCAGUAGCGGACCUUGGCCUAGCAAAAAACCUGGAGAUGGGAGUAGUACCUGGCCUGGAGGACAGCCUGGAAGCGUUAGUGCAACUUGGCCUACCAGGCAACCAGAUAGCGGAGUCGGAAGUUGGCCUAGUGGAAGACCUGGAGACGGAAGUGGAGUUACGCCUGGCGGACACCCUGGAACUAGUGAUACCUGGCCCGGGAAACUGCCUGGAGGCAGUAGCGGACCUUGGCCUAGCAAAAAACCUGGAGAUGGGAGUAGUACCUGGCCUGGAGGACAGCCUGGAAGCGUUAGUGCAACUUGGCCUACCAGGCAACCAGGUAGCGGAACCGGAAGUUGGCCUAGUGGAAGACCUGGAGACGGAAGUGAAGUUACGCCUGGCGGACACCCUGAAACCAGUGAUACCUGGCCCGAGAAACAAUCUGGAGGCAAUAAUCGACCUUGGCCUAAUGUUAAACCUGGAGAUGGAAGUAGUACCUGGCCUGGAGGACAACCUGGAAGCGUUAGUGCAACUUGGCCUACGAGACAUCCAGAUAGCGGAACCGGAAGUUGGCCUAGUGGAAAACCUGAAGAUGGAAGUAGCGCUACGUCCGGUAGUUAUCCUGGAGUUGGAAGUGGAAUUGGGCCUAGCAAGCAACCUUCAGACGGUAAUAGAGCUUGGCCUAGCAAGCAACCUGAAGACGGAAGUGGGACGUGGCCAGGCAUAUCUGGAUGUUCGAGCGUAAACUGUGGAGGUAGCAUCGGUCCGUACGGAGAAAGCAGCAACUGCGGAGGCGGGAAUUAUAAUUGCGAGGGCAGUUGUACUGGAAGAGAUAAUAAUGCACCAAUGACACAUGGACCAUGCGGUGAAACAGUAAGCGGUCCCAGCGGCGUUAAUAAAACAUAUUAUCCUGCUGGAACCGGUGAUGGCCAUGUUCCAGACAUCGGGAAUAUAUAUGGAUCAGCUCCAUCUUUUAAUAGCGGCAUCGGGGCUUAUCCUGGAACCAAUAGAGGAUGUAGAAGUGGAGACAAUUCGUGUAAUCAAGGCGCAAAUGUAAUACCUAAAGGUCCUGUGCAAUGGAAUUCCGCAAAUCCAUUCUUGUUUGGAACUGGAGGCGGUACUCCAAGCGAUGUUUCACGUCCCUGGAAGAGCGAAACUACAGUUAAACCGAUCGGGAAGGGAAAUCCAUUCCUCGAUCCCGAUUGGAACAGAUCUCCUAAGCCUGCAUAUAGUAAUGCAAAUAAUGAUAAAAAUGUGAUCCCUCAUGGUGAAAGAAAUAUAAAACCUAUCGGUCAAGGGAAUCCUUUCCUGGAUGACAACAAGAGAAGAGGAGAUAUCGAAGUUAAUCCUAACCGAGGUGUGAUUCCGCUCGGAGGAAGGAAACCCGAAGAAUACAAUCCCUUUUUCGGAAGUGGAAACAGCGGUUCAGACGGUUCAUCAUACACUGGUGGACAGCCUGACGGAUAUCCUGCAUUGGGAACGCCAGAAAGCGGCGGUGUAAAGGGUGGUUCUCGUGGUCGAGUUUCGCCGCAGCAGGAAAAUAGCGGCGGGGUUUAUCCUACAAGUGGAAAUUCUCGCGGAGUUGAUCCGUUACGAUGUAAGUUGGGUAUUUUCGGUUGCGGAACGCCCGGUAGCGGAAGCUACGAGACUAGCAGCGGUAAGCAUCCGGGAGGCGUGUUUGGAGGGAUCAGUGGAAAUGUCGGAACUGGUGGUGGAAAUUCAGGAAACGUCGGCAGUGUUCCUGGUACGUCCAGCAAUACUGGAACUGGAAUAACUCACGGUCAAUUCGGCGCAGGUCAUCCCACAUCGGCGGGAAGUAACUUGGCAGGAUCUCUUAGUGGAGCUUAUGCUGGAUCCUUUAGCAACGCUCAAGCUUCCAACUUUCCCAGCGCUAAAUCUUUACCUUUCUCCAAUACAGCAGGAUCCGGCGAUGAUUUUGGUCAAGCUCGUAGCGGAAACUGGCCUUCCAGCGGAGCACAACAUCAAGGCGGAUCUAAUUCCUGGGCUUCCAGCAGUGCCUUUGCCAGUAGUAAUUCCGGAAGCUGGUCAGGAAAUUAUCCUACCGACGUAAAGGGCUAAUUCAGUCAGAAGAUGCAAAACGGAAUAAAUAUGCAGAUAUGUUGAUGACAUAAUUCCAAAGCAUAAUAUAUAUUUAAUUAAUGUCUUACUACUUAAUAAAUAUAAAAUACUCUUGAUUUUUUUUGUAUAUAAAGAUUUUAUAUAUACAUAUAUAUUUAUAUCCAUUCGUCGUGAUAUAUGAUGUGGAUAGAAUUUUUUCGUUAUAUAUACAUCGUCUAUUUGUACACACAUAUUUUGUUUAAUCGGCGAAGAAUAAACAGAUUUCGCAGAA